AACAUCCUGAGGCUCAGAACAAGAAAAAGGCUGGAGCAGAGAGCGUGUGGGAAGGGGGACGGAGGAGAAGAGGAGCAGAGACGUGGAGCAGUGGCUGGGGAUGGGCUGUAAUGUGCUGUUCCCCACCGUGCCCUGUUUUGCCAUCACCUCCUGGCGGCAGUUCGAGGCUCUGUACCCAGAGGGGAUGUGUCCCGGCUGGAGCGUCGUGGUCAAGGGUGAAACCAGCUCCAGCACCAGCAUGUUUGAAAUUAAUUUCCUCAGUCAUCCCGGAGAUCAGAUCGCUUUCCACUUUAACCCCCGCUUCGCCAGCUCCAGAAUUGUUUGCAACUCCUUCCUGGCCAACCACUGGGGGAAGGAGGAGGUGAACAAAACCUUCCCCUUCGAAGCCAAGGAACCCUUCCAGGUUGAAAUCUAUUCUGACCAGGAUUAUUUCCACAUUUUCAUUGAUGAAAACAAAAUCCUGCAGUACAAGCAUCGCCAAAAACAGCUUUCAUCCAUCACCAAGCUGCAGAUUCUCAAUGAUAUUGAAAUUUCUUCGGUGGAAAUCACCAAACGAGGCCUUUACUAGCAAAG